GGCCUUUUGCAAAUCCAUCAUCUUCCCCAUCCCAAAAUGCGCAGCUUGCUCGAACUGGUUAUGAAUUCAAUACCAGGUCAGUUCGAAUUUGAACCCUACAGGCAACUGGACCAGCUUUACUUUGAGCAAAUUUGGAGGUGCACAGCCCCACUCUGAAGCUUCGUUCCUGCUGAACCCCUGAGGAAUCUAUCUUUCUCAAGAUUUUUGCACUUACAGGGAAUUCUCGGUUUCAAUUUGAGUAUUUUCUUAAGAAGUGUUGAAAUUAGUAAGAUGAUCAGAGAUUCAAGAGAAGAAGAGCUUUUUACUAAACAAGGAGGAGGUACCAAUGUGGAUGGGUUCCCAGUAAGUUCAAGACUAUGGUCAGGACUAAAAAAUCCAAGAAUUGUACGGGUCUCACGCACAUUUGGAGGAAAGGAUAGACAUAGCAAAGUUAGGACUAUAAGAGGAUUGAGGGAUAGGCGAGUAAGGCUGUCAGUGCCGACUGCUAUUCAAUUGUAUGACCUUCAGGAUAAGCUAGGGGUUAAUCAGCCUAGCAAAGUUGUGGAUUGGUUACUAAAUGCUGCUCAACACGAGAUCGAUAAGCUUCCCCCGCUCCAAAUGCCACCAGGAAAUUUCAUUCAAUUCCCUCAGUCCAUGGCAGUCUCUCACAAAUUGGCUCCACCUCAAGCUCCCUCUUUCGAUCCCACCAGAGAUGGUACUGAGUUUAUUCAUGAUGAUAGAACUUUCCAAUUAGCCUCUUCUUCUAGUGUGGCAAAUGGAGAUAUGCUUGACAAUAAUACUGUUCAGAAUGCAAUGAAUAUGGUGCAAAAAUCCACAUUUUGGAACUCAGAUGUUCUCAUGAAGAAUAAAGAAAAAGAAGCCAUGAAGGAAACCAGCAUUGAGAAAGGCAGUAUGAUCAAAGGAAAUGAUACAGGAAGUGGUUUGCAGAAUAAUGACAUGUCGUACCCCUCCUAUCAUCACUGGGAUCCAUCUAAUGCACAUAUCUCCUAUCUAGGAAGCCAUUUCUCUCAAGCAGAUGGGUUCCAUAAUUAUCAGCCUGCAUCGAUGUUUGCAUCAUAUAUGAAUCCCCCAACUGAGUUCAAUGCAAAGCAAUACAAGCACCUUCAUAUGGACAACUCAGCUUCACAGCUUCUCCCCUCAAAUUCUCUUAGAACUUCAUUGCAGUCAGGCGGUCCGAGCUUGGAACUUCUCCAACCCAACUUAGCUUUUAAACAUCGCCAUCCUCAAGGCCAUCAAGAUUGAGACCAAACAGUGGCAAUUCUGGCCGCGGCCACAUACAUUAACCACCUUCGUAAAUUUUCCAGAGGUUGUUGUGAGUUUAGUGUGAUUUGAAGUGAAGUAUAUCGUUUCUUGAGUGUUGGAAGUCGCAUGAAAUUUUAUGUUAUUUUUGGAUAUAUGGGAGUGAGAAAUUUAGUGCACAGUAUUUAGUUUUCUUGUUAAUUGGCACUAAAUUUACUAUAAAGUUGAUGUUAUUUGCAUUUAUGAAAGUUAGUUUUUCUUG